AUGACCAGGCAACAAACAUAUCAGCGCCCUCAAAUAUAUAUGCAGUGCCCACAUCACGUCUGCAACGCCCUCGCAGAAUCAACAAGAAUGGACACAACGCCUCGGACUAAAAUCCAACAAUGCAUACUCAGACUAAGGGCCGUGCUAAUGCUUUAUGUGAGUUCGCAUGUGAUGAGACCCUUUCUGGAGGCACUAUAUGAGAACGCUUCGCUUCGUCAUGCUUUCAAUCUUUUACACACCACUGCGACACCACUCUGGACACAAUAUCAGACACUACAUCCACCUAUAGGCCUACUUGAGGCUCGAUACUGGAAGAGCGACAGCAUUCGUCGCCUGUUACAAACACGCGCCGCUUCGAAGAAGUAUACACCAUACACACAAAACCGCGCCUCUGCCUUCUGUCCCAUCUUGACGCACUCUUGCCAAAUGUCUCAUCCAUUCAAGGCAUGGUAUGACUUUGGAGGUGUGACGGAGCAGGAACUUCAGCAGGAGAAAGAUGUAGACGAGCUCAGAGAUUACUUUGUGGAGGACUGGGACAAGGACUGGGAAACUUCGUUUUGGGAGAAGGCUCAUAGGGAAGUUAUCGAGGGGCAUGUUGGGGAGGAUGUCGAGGAGCAACCUGCACCGAUUGAGCUGGGAAUUACUUCGGACCCAACGUCGACGCCAUUUCUUGCGAGCUCAGUCUCCUCUGCGAGAAACCAAGUUCACGCGAAAUCUCCUCCGACAGUGUUCUCGAAGCGGGGAAUACACCAUCUUGACGGAGGACUCGAGCAGACUCUUUUCGAAGACGACAGCGAGCUAGCUCUGAGACCGGCUAAGAGAUUUAGAGGGUCAUUCGCGGUUAUGGAGCAUAACGAGGACAAGGACGAGUCCGAUUCAGAUGUGAUCACGCCUGCAGCUCCGAGGCGUAGCCAACCUACUCAGCCAUUCAAGAUAUCUAAGAGCAAGCAGAAAAUGUCCCGCGCAGACUCGAAGCUCGACUUAGCUAAGGACGAAUCAGAAUCUGAACAGCAAGGGAGCUUCAGCUCCCAGUCUAGAUCUGCUGCUCCUCUUGUCCUCGUACCUUUAGCACCUCCGACCUCGAGGAACAGAUCCCGAGUCCCGAGAUCUCAAGCACAAAAGGAUGCCAUUCUUCAGAUGCCGAAAGAAAGACGUCCAACUUUCAGCUGGUACCACCGACACAACCUGACUUGCGGAAUCAUGGAAGAACAUCUCGGUCUAACCAGAAAAGUCCCGCAAGAUGAACGAGACGGAGAACGCAUCUUCAGUUUCCUCUUCGCGGACGACGUAGCGUUGUCUAGGCAGAAAGCUGGGAGCAAGUCUUGGGCUAAAGCCAUCUACAAUUCCUACGGUCAGAAGGAUCGCACUAGUGCAAGACGUCGUUGGGAUCCCGUACAGGCUGCGAUCGAGGCACCAGCACAUUCUAAGCCUGUCGAGUACACCGAGUUAGUACAGAAAGUAAGGGACGCGGCAAACCAGCUCAAUAUACAGAGUAGGCUUCCUCCGGGGAACUUGAAUGCGAUGGAGGAAAUGAUUACGGAAGAGAAUAGCGUUGCAUUCCUAGACGUAUUUCAGAUCAUGUACUCCAGAAUCUCGGAAAGCUUUUCGGCCAAAGGGGCUACACGCAGGGCUUGGCGCUUGGCGUUAGGCUAA